AUGAGCGAUCAUUCCUCGUCUUCCUUCUCCGCCUUUCUGAAAAACGCAGGUCAGCCGAAGGUUUGCAUUUCCCAUGUCGCUUUCAAAGCGGUCGGGAUUGUGUUCUACCUGCUGGGUUCCUUUUUCAUGGGCUACGUGAACACCUUUGUGGUAGUUACGCUUGCCGUGGCUUUUGACUUUUGGACCGUGAAGAAUGUCACGGGGAGAUUGCUGGUAUAAUUUCAGUACACAUGUAUAGUUGCCUUCACCAUCACCUCCUUCUUGAGUGCAUGUUGACAGAUUUUUGAUGCAACCCUGUACGUUUUUUUUGUAGCAACACAGAUAUACAACAACUCGAAUUCACUACUUUCAUUCAAUCACUCUCAUCUUGCUCAGCUCUUGCCACCGUGGUGCCAAAACCCUUCAGGUCGGCCUCCGUUGGUGGAACGACAUUCAGGAAGACGGUAGCUCCGUGUGGGUAUUCGAGGCCGGACAGGAGGUGACGGACUCGCCCCUGGACGAUCAGAACAACAACUCUACUUUUUCCACCCAUGCACGACCUCCACCUCCGCUUACGCUCACUCCAAAAGCCGCGGCGGACAAGUUCAUUUUUUGGAACGGCAUGUACCUUUGGGUGUUGUUCUAUGACAGUGCACAACUCCCCCUCUCCCUCAGUUGUAUUGCAUGAACAGCAAUACAGACACCAGCGCACAUGGAGCCUAAGCAUGACAAAUCUAUGCUGUGCCUAAUGUAGUGCUGUUUGGGCUUCCGGAAUUUGUCAUGCAAACAGUGCCACAAGGCAGCGACUGGAUUUGGGAUUUGCAUGACAAAUGAGGGGGGCGGGGAGUUGUGCACUGUCAUAUGUUCUGGACCGGCGCAACCGUGUUGAACGUUCUCACCUUUUCCUUUUCCUGGCUCCUGUAUGGAAGCGUCAGGUUUGAAAUCGUCAAAGUUCAAAUAAUUUGUAAUGCAUAAAAUGCCUGGCCCGAGGUGCGUGUGUUGCAGAGCAGGCAAGUGUGGCCGAUUGUAAGCCUGUUUGGGGUUACAGCUCGAGCUGCUAAAGUAGCAUGAGAAAAUCACUCUUCUUUGCCUAAACAGCAUGACAGAGUGGAUUUACAUUUAGGGACCACCGAGAUUUGUCAUGCGCCACUUGGAAACUGGGUUCCAACUGGCAUCCAUUUUAUGCAUGACAAAUUAUAUUCAACUUUGUCGAUUUCAACUCUGACACGUCCAUAUCCUGCUGUCCGUCUGCGGACUGGGGUUCGCGUUGGCCAAUCUGGUCGGGUUCUGGAAGUUAUCAAAUGUAAAAAUGUCUGGGUCAGGGUCUGGAAGAAUCCAACUUGUGAUGCUGCAUUUGGAUUCCAAAAAAAUCUGUAUUGCAUGAGUACCAAAGGGGUGUAAUUCUUGCUACGCGGAGAGGGCAUUUGCCAUGCGGAAUAGGCAUCAAGAAGCUCUCAAAAAAUCUGUGAUGCAAGGGCAUGCAUCACAGACAUCAGGGCUCAUGCAAAACGUGCAUGACAAGUGUCUGAAUCUUCCAGACCCAGACAUUUUUACAGUUGAUAGAAGUGCAGCCGCGACGCCAAGCAGCGCCUGUUCGAGGACUUGAAGGGACCCCAGUUGAUGCAGGCCUCGAUGAAGCUAGCGCAGUUUGUCAACUUGAGCGGCGCGGUCGCGAGCAGAGGUGCGGGAGGUGGGUCCGGUGGCAGCAGCACACGGGCAUCUAGCACCGCCAGUACUUCUAGCGGGUUGCCGGUUGCUCUAGACCUACCCCCAAUACCACCGUUGGAAGUUGUAGAAACAAAAAUUGGAAAGUCGAGCGUGCCGUCCUCUUCUAGUAGUACACCUUCGAAUGCUGUGUGAAGAUGCUGGUGAUUUUGCUGGUCCAUCUUGUAAAGAGCAAGAGCCCAAGAUCAAGUGUAUUCUUGCAAGUAGCCAGCAAGUGGAGCAUAAUUAUAACGAUCAUGCAGUUGUACGUGUACCUCUGACGCGACGUGUGUCGAUGGUCAAAAGGGAAAGAAAUGGGAGUUUUUCUUCAAACAAGCACUACGACCUUGUGUGAUGUUCUCGUUUGUUUGCUGCAGAGCAAGCCGGCAGUGUCUAUUGUAAUGAGAGAGCGCCAACUACGCUAUUGCUUCUGACUGAAGUAAACGUUGCAACGUGUUCAUGUUGAAGAU